GCGUGUCUCAGGUGGUGGGCGGGGCCAGGGCGCACGAGGGGCUGUCCUCGUGGGCGGUCGGCCUCACGCUUUCUCCGUUGGACGUUGCGCGCGCAGCCCCGCCCACUGCGCCGGCGGGCGAUCCAAACGGCCGUUGGCGCGCGGCUGAGGCCUCCGUGGGAAGGUCUGUCAGGACACAAAGCUGACGGCCCGGCUGGCGGAGACGACCAGCCCUCGGCGACCAUGAGGAGAAGAGGCCCCGCCGAGGCUGAGGCCUGCGGCGUGUGGCUGGAUGCGGCGGCCCUGAAGAAACGGAAAGUUCAGACUAGAUUAUCCAAUCCCAUCACCAGAAUGCUGCCUCCAGAUCGAGGUGAGAGAGAAACUAUUGUUGGCUUUACUCCAAGAAGAGCUCAGCCUUUGGGUACCAGGCAGACUGUCAUCUCAUCAUUUUUCACUUCAAAGUCAGGAAAGGCAAAUGCUGGUGGGCAGGGAAGGCCUUCACCUGGUACAGCAAGUCAGAGAAAGAAGGAACAGCAAAGAGAUGUGAUGUGGUUGGAUCCUCCUUCAUUGAUCCCCAGGGAGGAGUGUGCCCAGUGUCCUGAAACUAUGCCUGCUUCAGUCACUAAGGCACCUCAGGAGCCCAUCUGCCUCCCUCCAUCUCCCAAGGAGGGAUCGGACUGCUGCAGAGAUGCAAGAUCAGCUGUGCCCAGUAGCCAAGACCAGAAACCACCUCUGGACAUUGUCAAUUCUACUGAGGAGGGGUUUGCCUUCACCCUGAACUCCGAAGGCCUGUGUGUGCUAGCCUAUGGAAGAGGGGGUGGGAGAAUACAUUGCAGACAAGGGCAAGAGACCAGGUGCCUAGUGGACAGGGUAGAAUUGGAAAGAACAGUAUUUUCCAAAGAAAAUGAACUGUUCUCUGUCCUUUCCCAAGGCCACCAAGAAGGCAAAGCAGGGCAGGGAGGAAACAGGGAGCCCUGGAAGGGAGGGCCCACAGAGUUAGUAGAACAAAGACCCUGCUCCAGUCAGGCCUUUUCUUGGGAUAGUGAGAGGUUUGACCCAGACCUGAGAAGCCAGUUGUUCACAGAGGAUUCCCAGGGUCAGAGGGUCAUUGCUCAUCCUUCUCGAGCUGCUCUCCAAGAUGUAGCCAACCUUCCGAGAAAGCCCCUGCAUAUGUCCCCCAGUUCUCAGGUUCAGUACCAGGGCAGGUCUGUCCUGGGUCCAUCACAGUUAAAUUCCCAGCCUGAUAUACUCUUUACCCAGGACUCUCAAGGUAACAGAGUUAUCAAGCACUGCUUUUGAACUUGUUUGGUGACAGGGUAUUAGACUCUUAAGUAUCUAGGUGAUCGAAAAACACUCAGACAGCCUUGUGUUGUGUAAGUCAUUUGGUGAGGUGAGGUGGUCUGGAGGUGGGCCCUAGUUCCGAAUUGGAGGGAAUGGAGGCGGUCCAGUGUUUAGCUUCAUCUUAACUUGUGAGAUUUUUCUUUGUGAAUGUAAAUAAAACAGGUACUUUAACUUGUUGAGGGAGUAGUUUUGGAAGACAGCUUGGCAAGCACCCUUUCUGAUUCUUAUUGAUCUCUUAGCUUUUCUAAGAACUACCAUAUUGAUCUUAACAUAAGCUACCUCUUCUAAGUCUAGCUAAUACUAAAACUGAAUGUGGCCUCUCAUUGGUGUUAUUUUUCAGUGUAUGCAUAUGUGCCAUUUCCUUUCAAAGACAUCUGUGGAGGGACCAUGGCAAUUAUUCAAAGCAAAACACUAAUGCAGGCUGGUCCUAAUCUGCAGAAAACCUUCUGGUUGGACUUAAAAGACUUUUCAAGUGCUUUGUGUCCAAUUUCUGGCUUGAUUAUAACUUGGUUUCACUUGUGGCCGUAAUUCCAUCAGUGUGCCCCUCAUCCACAGACCUGAAGCCUUGCUCUCUGGAACUUUGUGUUAAUUUUAACCUGGGGUGAGAACUGGCUUAGGGUUUUGAGGAUCAGUUAAAACUCAGGUGGCAAGUGUGGUCCCUGAUUCUCCUGUAUAAUUUAUUUUCAAUAAACCAAUUUCUAGGAUUGGAGACAUACAAGCCAAAGUGACAUAUGCUGCACCAAAACAACUCAAGCACUUGGAAAUGCUGGGCACUCUGACAGCCCUAGGGGGAGUGCUUGAAUAUAGGAAUUUCUGGGUUUCAGAAACGUGCAAAUACUCAGCAGCUUUGUGAGGUAAAUUAGGGCAUGGAUUGGGAGGAGGUUGAGACAGAGAUGAAGUAAUAGUUUGCAGCUAUGCCAAGACUAUAAUCUGUAACUCUUAGCCCCACUACUCAGUAA